AUGAAUUCUCAACAACAGCAGCAGAAGGCACAAGAAGAAAAAGCUAAACAAAUGGAAGAGCAACGUAAAGCAAUGCUUGACAAGAUUCUUUCUACAGAAGCUAAAGAACGCUUAGGAAGAAUUUCACUUGUCAAACCAGAGAAAUCACGUCUUGUUGAAGAUUUGUGUUUGCAAAUGGCACAGCAAAACAAUUUGGGUGCUCAAAUUAGCGAUGCACAGCUUAUGGAGAUUUUGAACAAAGUUUCUGCUUCAGAGCAAACUCAUGAAGUGAAGAUCAAGCAUCAUGGUAAAGCUGAUGAGGCAUGGGAUGACGAUGACGAAGGAUGGUAA